AUGGCGUGGCGGGGUAAAUACUACAGUCUUCCCAGAUUGAUUCUAGUCUGCGUGACGACGAUGGCAAUUACAGAUUUACUGCUUUUUGUGUUGGGUCGAACAAUUUGGGAAAGUAGCGUCAAUGAUGAACUUGGGAACGAGCUAGGGAUCGGUCUUAUUGCUGAGUCGCCGAAAUUUCUCCGUACAAAGAUGGGGGUGAAAACCAACCAGACUCUGUCAGUACAAGUGCCCCCCGAACAACAGGAAGAUUCUGCCGAUGAAGUCGGGUACCUGGGCUUUAUGACACAGCAGGGUGCCGUGCAACUCGAGCGGCGCGCACACCUCAAACAGGCAUGUGCCAGACAUCCCGAACUAUCACAAGGGGGCCUGAACAACUUUACACUCAGGCACCUCUACGCACACGAGAAACAUAAAAUCCUCUACUGCUUUGUACCAAAGGUUGGAUGCAGUAACUGGAAGAGGGUACUGAUGGUAUUAAGUGAUCAACGAAACAGCACUGAUGAAAUCUCAAAUGACGAUGCCCACUUUAAGAACGGUAUGGAACGUCUGAGCGGACUUAGUCCGGCCGAGCAACAGCAUCGCCUGAAGACAUACACCAAGUUCAUGUACACGCGGCAACCAUUUAUACGCAUUCUGUCAGUCUAUAUGAAUAAGUUUGCAGAUAUCAAAGUCUACAGGAGCGACCCGUACUUUCAGAUGAUAGCCAAGAGGAUCAUGAAGAGGUACAGAAAAGACGCCACGACCAGGGAGCUCAAGACUGGAGAGAACAUGACGUGGUACGAGUGGACAAGCUACCUCACCAACCCAAGUGAGAAGGCAAACUUUGACGACCACUGGCAGGAGAUAUACAAGAUGUGCUCCCCGUGUAAAGUCAACUAUGACUACCUCGGGUGGUUGGAGACCAUAGGAGAUGAUGCCAAAUACAUGCUGACUGCGUUAAAUCUCGAAGAUACAGUGUCAUACCCAACUAAAGCAAACAGUCACCCUACAAACAGUUCUGAAACGUAUAAGUUCUUCAGUCAUAAUACUAAUAAAACAACGCUUGGCAAACUCUGGGAGGUGUAUCAAACGGACUUUGAACUAUUUGGCUACCCGAAACCGGACUUGGAAUGUUUUUAUUAUUACGUUGACCCUAACGUCGUCAGAAAUUUCACGAAGUGCAAAACAAUUUGUGAAAAAUAA